AUGGAAAAAAAUAAACCAAAAAGAAAAUGUAAAAGGUAUCCAACGAAUAAAUUUCAUAUUAGAAAAAAUGGGUCCAUUAAAGAAUUGGCAACAGCAACAAGUAAUUAUUUACUCCCAUCAAGCCUUAAUUCUAUUCCAAUUAAAAAAAGAGAAGAAAGAACUUUAUAUGGAAUGAGUGAUACUUUAGCAUUUGGAAAUAUCAAAAGAUUUCAACAAAUAUUUAAAGAUGAAAAGGAUAUAGAAGAAGAACCAGAGGGUAUAUUUACUAUUGUUUCAAAAGAUUACGAUAAUGUAAAAGAAAUAGUAACUAUAGUACCAAUAAAAGAAAAAAAAUUAUCUAAAUCUGAAAAUAACCAAGUAUUAGCUUUUCUUCAUAGAAAAAGAAAAAUUUAUAGUGCUAAUAUGAUUGCAAUUAAUAAAUAG